CUCUCGUGUUGUAGAUCACAUCAUUCUAAACCCGACCAUCCUCAGAGACGUUUCCCACGAUCACGACAGUCUACACUUGUAUCUUUUGGAAACAUUUUUCAGCGAAUUUUCAAGAUGUAUGCCAACGCUAUGAUGCACGAAUCCGCCAUUGACAGGCCUAAGACGUCAAAACACAUGAUGGAGCGCAAACGAAGGGCUCGUAUCAAUGACAGCUUGUUGCAGCUCAAGAGUCUAGUCUUCCCUGCCAUACGCAAAGAGAUUUCCCGCCAACCCAAAAUGGAAAAGGCAGAUAUUCUCGAGAUGACAGUGCGUUAUCUGAAAGAGGUCCAGUCAACAUCCACAGACGGGCGUACCUCCCCAUCCGCACAGAUCAGCCAAUACCACGCUGGAUACAGCGAGUGCCUUGGCGAGGCUUCCAGCUUUCUCUCCAACUGCGAAUCCAUCGACUUGGAGACCCGAUUGAGAAUCAUGAACCACUUAGCUGACCGUUGCAGCAGCCUGAACGAGCCCAGCCCAGCAGCAGCUCAGGGUGGCUACAGUUAUCACCAUAAUGCUGUCCAACAAACCACAGCCCCUGCAACCACAUCACCUGCUUCCAGCCCUGUUCCCAAGUCAACAAACUGCAGCACUUACAUGCCAGCUCAGCAACAACAACAACAGAACCAACUGAUGCUGUGCAUCCCGUCUGACUUUGUUGCCCAUAGCAACCCAUCCCUUCUUAGCCAAUCGAGUACUCAGUCUUCCAUCAUCUUCCCAACGCCCCCACCGUCACCCGUCGAACAGAAGCAAUACACCCGGCUCCCAUCUCCUCAUCAGUACAAACCAAAAGCCAAGUCAGCCAUGGCUACAUCAGUCAGACGUCACAAAGCCGUCAGCCGUCACGUAGUACCUCAGGAGAAUGUGUGGCGGCCCUGGUAGACAAUUACAGAACAAUUCUCAGAUUUAUAUUGGUGCUCAACUUUCCUCGAUCUUUAAAGACUACAUUAAUUUGCCAAUUUGUAUUUAUUAAGGAAUUUGUUUCCCCUGAAGAUUUAUAAAUUGAAGAAGGUUUAAGGACUUCUUUUGUUCAACUUGUCUUUUCAAUCCAAAAUUAUCUAAGUUUAACCAUAGAGCAAGAAACGUAGACAAGUUGCUCUUUUUGAAUAAGCUUGCAUUUAUAACACAAUGUCAGAUCAUGGUCAGAUAAACCUGUUUUUGAAAGUAUUGCUUCUUUUUGGUCCCUGUUAAACUUGAACGACUUAAGCUCAAUGUUCUUAAACCUCAACUUCUGCUUUUGCUAAUAAUGUAUUAUUUUUUCAAGAUAUGUAAAUUUGUAUUCAAAUAAUAACAGAUAUUUUUGUAUAACAAUUUGUUUGUGUGACUUUACCGCUUGAAUUGCGUGUGAGAGGGCUUAUGUCGCUGGUCGAUGGUUUAAGUUCUUGAAAUAAAAUAGAA